AUGCCUCCCACGCCCAUCUCCUUGGCCCUGUCCCCCGGUCCUCUGGAAGUGGGCAGCCUCCCGGGUCCGUCCUGCUCCGAGCAGGCUGCCCUGACCAUGCACCCAGGCUGUGGGGUCCCUGCUGUCCACCCUGAGCUGAGUGGCCUGUCCCGGAUUGUCAACGGAGAGGAUGCCAUCCCCAGCUCCUGGCCCUGGCAGGUGUCCCUGCAGACUCGCGCCGGCUUCCACUUCUGCGGGGGCUCCCUCAUCAGCCAGCACUGGGUGGUCACCGCCGCCCACUGCAGGGUCAGGAAGAGCCACCGCGUGGUGGCCGGGAUGUCCGACCACGGCUCUGAUGAGGAGGCCGUCCAGGUGUUGAGGAUCGCUGAGGUGUUUGAAUACCCGCUGUGGGACCGGCAUUCGGGCCGCAACGACAUCGCCCUGCUGAAGCUGGCCACACCUGCCCUCCUCUCAUCAACCGCGUCCCCUGUCUGCCUGCCCAGUGCCAACACCAGCUUCCCUGACGGCUUCCUCUGCGCCACCACCGGCUGGGGCAAGACCCGGUAUAACUCCCACCAGACCCCCGACAAGCUGCAGCAGGCGGCCCUGCCCCUCCUGUCCAACGCCGAAUGCAAGAAGUUCUGGGGCAGCAAGAUCACGGACGUGAUGAUCUGUGCGGGGGCCAGCGGCGUCUCCUCCUGCAUGGGCGACUCGGGCGGCCCCCUGGUCUGCCAGAAGGACGGAGCCUGGACCCUGGUGGGCAUCGUGUCCUGGGGCAGCGACUGGUGCAACCCAUUCUCACCAGGGGUGUACACCCGCGUCACCAAGUUUAUUUCCUGGGUUCUCAAGGUUCUGGAAGCCAACUGA